CAAACGAACAUCGAUCUGUGCAGUUGUACUAUUCUACUAUUAAAAAAAAUACAAUUUAAAAGCUUUUAUAUUUAAAAUAAAUCACAAUGGCCUACAAAUGGGUGCAAUCCUCGGCCUACAGCUCCAUACCCCCGGAGGCAGUGGUGGGCGGGAAUGACGAGGAUGGAGCCAUGAUCUACGUGGGCAGGGCGGAGCACGAGGGCGACAUGCUCGUCUGCAAGGUGGUGCCCACCAAGCAGCUCGGAUUCAUAUCCCAGCGCGGCGAGGCUCUGCCCAAGGACAUCUUCGAGGUGCUGUGCGGCCAGAAUCUGACAUGGAUCAAGUGCUACGACCAUGUGAUACCCGAGAACGCGGUACUCUGUGGACGCACCUCCCUCGACCAGCCGGUCUACAUAGGCCGGGGCCACUACGAGGGACAUUUGAUCAUCGGAAAGAUCUCCUCCGUGCACCGGUGCUUGUUCAUCGCCUACCGUGGAGCGGAAAGACGUUUGGAUUCCUAUGAGAUUCUGGUGGAGGAGCGACGUGUGGUUGCCGGAUGGAGUCUGCCACCGCCGCCGCCUCUAGAGGAGCCGGAGAAGUGCCCACUCACCCCGCCGCCACCUCCCUCGCCACCACCACCCGCUCCUCCGGUGGCCCUCAAGCCCUAUCCCUAUCCGGACCUAGCUGCUAUGCCUUUUCCAAUCAAGGACAGACCGCCGGCUUAUACGCCUACACCGGAUCCCUUGCCGCCAGCUGGAGGCGUCCUGGUAAUGCCACGUCCUCCGCAGCCCACACCGCCUGUGGGAGGCGUCCUGGUGAUGCCACCGCCUGCACCUCUGCCGACUCCGCCACCACCUCCCCCGCCAGUAUCUGUCACUCCGGCGGAGGUGUCUGUGACCCCCACAUUUAUUCCGGCUGAAGUCAGUGCCGUUUCCGUGUCCGUGGCAGGACCUUCCUAUACACCCGCCACCACCUAUAAUCCGUACGAUGAUGGCUGUUCCGGAUACACUCCGGCGGAAUACGCCGGCGCCUCGGGCUACGAGGUCUACGGCUAUGGAAACAACUAUGAUGUUUGGGUUUCGGCCGAGCCGGGCUACGGCUAUCCCCAGGAUGCCGUAAUCGGUGGCCACGACACCAACAUGGCCCAGCUCCUGGUCUGCCGCGGCUACUACCGGGGAGUCCAUGUUCCGGGCAAGGCGAUUCCCAGCAUGGGAUGCGCCUUCAUAGCCCACGGAGGACGUGAGAUCAUGGAGUCCUCCUACCAAAUCCUCGUGGGACAGGGCAAAUACCAUUGGGUGCCUGGAUAUUCCGGAAGUGUUCCCCACGGAGCCGUGGUGGCCGGCAGGUCGCCCAUGGGAGAGCCAUUGUACAUUGGACGGGGUCACUACCGGGGCAGCUUGACGCCCGGAGUGAUAGAGCCCUCGAACCGAUGUCUCCAGAUUCCGUUCCACGGCAACGAGAUCCGGCUGAGUAGCUACGAGGUUUUGGUCCGGAGUGACAUGUUCCAGAGGCAGCAGGCCAUUAGUUUGGUUUAUUAAAUUCAAAGGAUCUAAGGACCUCUUUUUGAACUGAAAAUGCAGCCAAUUACUGAAAAUGUCACUUAAAAAAAGGCUUUUCCUAAAUCCUCUAUUUAAAAAUUAUUAAAAAAUAUUAUUUCUUUAAAAAAAAACAAUAUGUACCUCCAAGCACUGAAAGUCAAAAUGUAUUCCAAAAUUUUUAAAAUUAGGGAUAUUAUUUAACCAAAGAAACUAUUUUUUAUGAGCAGCUACCUCUUUAUUUAUUCAAAAUAUUUAAACAAGAAACCUGUCCAGUUUUUAGCACCAAUUAUAUUUAAACACAUUUCCAAGUAUUCUAUUCUAUUAAUUAAUAAAUAAUAAACUCUAUUUAAAAUUAAAAUGUUAUAAUUAUACGAGUCUAUUGAGUUUCCUAUGCACUAAUUAUAUUUAUACACCUUCGUUUCAUUUCAAAUUACACUUCAUUUUAAUGAUACACUUGUUGUCUAAUAUGUGGGUUGACUAAUAAAUGACUUGCAUAAAGUUA